AUGCACAUCAAGGAGAUGCUCGCCGACGCCGAGCGUGACGGCCAGCCCUCCUUCUCUUUCGAGUACUUCCCUCCCAAGACAGCUCAGGGUGUCCAGAACCUCUACGACCGCAUGGACCGCAUGUACAACUUUGGCCCCAAGUUCAUCGACAUCACCUGGGGUGCCGGCGGUAGGAUCGCCGAGCUCACCUGCGAGAUGGUCACGCAGGCGCAGAGCGUCUACGGUCUCGAGACAUGCAUGCACCUGACCUGCACCGACAUGGGCCUCGAGAAGGUCAACGACGCCCUCCGCAAGGCGUACAAGGCCGGCUGCACAAACAUCCUCGCUCUCCGCGGCGACCCUCCGCGUGAAAAGGAGAAGUGGGUCGCCGCCGACGGCGGCUUCGAAUAUGCUCGUGACCUCGUCAAGCACAUUCGUGCCACAUACCACGAUCACUUCGACAUUGGUGUUGCUGGCUACCCCGAGGGCUGCGAUGACAACAAGGACGAGGAGUCCCUGCUCGACCACCUCAAGGAGAAGGUUGACAUGGGUGCCACUUUUAUUGUGACCCAGAUGUUCUACGACGCCGACAACUUUGUCCGCUGGGUCGGUAAGGUCCGUGAGCGUGGUAUCACCAUCCCCAUUGUCCCUGGCAUCAUGCCCAUUGCCACCUACGCCAGUUUCAUGCGCCGUGCCAAGCACAUGAACUGCAGCGUCCCCCAGGAAUUCAUGGACGCUCUCGAGCCCGUCAAGAACGACGACAACGCUGUUCGUGAGGUCGGCAAGGUCCUCGUCGCCGGCAUGUGCCGCAAGAUUCUCGCUGCCGGUAUUCACCAUUUGCACUUUUACACCAUGAACCUCGCCCAGGCCACCCGCAUGGUCCUCGAGGAGCUCAACUGGAUGCCCACUUCGGAGCGCCCCCUCAAGCAAGCCCUGCCCUGGAAGCAAUCCCUCGGCCUCGGCAGGCGAGAGGAGGACGUGCGCCCCAUCUUCUGGAAGGGACGCAACAAGUCGUACAUUCUCCGCACGCAGGACUGGGACGAGUUCCCCAACGGUCGAUGGGGUGACUCGCGCUCGCCCGCUUUUGGUGAGCUGGACGCUUACGGUAUCGGUCUGACCGGCACGAACGAGCAGAACAUCAAGAAGUGGGGAGAGCCACAGACCGUCCAGGACAUUGCGACCCUGUUUGUUCGCUACCUCCAAAACGAGAUUGACUGUCUCCCCUGGAGCGAGUCGCCUCUGACAAACGAGGCAGACCCCAUUCGCGAGGAUCUCAUCGCCCUCAACAAGAGGGGUAUCAUCACCAUCAACUCUCAGCCUGCUGUGAACGGCGUCAAGUCUUCCCACGCCGUGCACGGCUGGGGUCCCAAGAACGGUUAUGUCUACCAAAAGUCGUACCUCGAGAUGCUGGUUCAUCCCGACCUCUACCCCGAGAUCAUUUCUCGUAUUGAAAAGCACCCUGACAUGACCUAUUACGCUGUCACCAAGAGCGGAAACCUCAAGUACAACGCGCCCUCGGACGGGCCUAAUGCUGUGACCUGGGGUGUUUUCCCCGGAAAGGAGAUUGUGCAGCCAACCAUUGUCGAAGGCAUCAGCUUUGUGGCUUGGAAGGACGAGGCCUUCCGCCUCGGUCUUGACUGGGCGCACUGCUUUGAGCAGUCGUCCCCCAGCCGUGUGCUUGUCGAGCUGAAUAACGAUUUCCACCAGCAGCGCGAGAUUUUCGAUCUCUUCGAGGGUCUCUCCGUCAAGGAGUACGACGACAUCAAGCCGGUGGCCCAGGACGUCGCUCCCGACGUCGUUUCGGCCCCCACCAACGGCACCACCAACGGCAUCGCAGUUCCUGCGGCCUAA